CUGGCACAGGUGUUUCUUCUGCCUUGCGACUUCUAGCGACUUUUCAGCGAUCCAAUAGCGACUUUGGCUGAUUUUUUUGUGUAACACUGGAUGGAAAACCAGACUACGUUAUUUGAAUUAACUUUAUUGAAAGCUACAGAAGAAAUGUAAGGGAUUUUUUUUUUGAUUAUUGAGGGCUCGGAUCAAAGAAGCGUCGGAAAAAAAACUUAACUGUGUUUUAUAUUCUGGGUACAGUAUUUCAUUUCACAGACCUCCAGUCACCAUGUUGGAACUGUCCAUAUUGAAGAUUGAGGACCCUAGCUGCAUGUGGGGCAGAAUUAUGAAGGGUCCGGGAUUUCAGGCUGCAAGUCAGGAGGAAUAUGAACAUCUCAAGGUGGAGAUGAACCUCUUUUACCACGACUUGAAUUUAGACCUACAAACUAUCAGGCCAUCCUCACUGAAGAAAGGAGAGCUGUGCGCGCUCUUCUCUCCCCUGCUGACGUGCUGGUGCCGUGCCGUGGUGGCCUCAGUGUAUAAGGGCGACAAUGGCAGCAGGGUGACCUGCUCCCUUGUAGACUAUGUGGAGGACGUCAACACCACUGAUGAAGGUGUGUUUGUUCUGAUGGAGAAGUUCCUUACUCUUCCUUUCCGGGUGCGGAAGUUCCACCUGGCUGACAUCUAUCCCCUGAGCCUGCAGGUUUCCUUCACUGACGCCAAAGCACAGCUGGUGCCCUCACAUCACUGGGACAGCUCUGCCACAAGAUAUCUGUACAUCCUCUGGCAAGCCUCAUCUCAAGUUGAAGCGGUGGUGUGUGGCUCAAAGGAUGACGUACUGGAAAUCGAACUGUACCUAACCAUCAAUGGCACAAAGUACUGUGUGAAUCAUGACCUGCUGGCGAAAAGGUUGGCGUGCUCCAAGACUGAGCGUGAGCGCUUGCAGAGGGAGGGCGGGGGCCUCCCCCCAGUCUUCCUCAAAGGUGACCUGUUCGACAGCCCUGAGAAGUUCCUGGCAAUGAACGGCUUCGGGGUGAAGCCAACACAUCUCAACGGCCUUACCUACAGCCACUCAGAUGUUCAUCUCAUACCAGCGAUGCUGCCGGCUGCCCAUGUUGUGAAUGACGGCCUCUUCAGGCGUGCACAGGGAGCUGUUCGUAGGAGGACUCAGCCACCGGUCUCAUGCAUUGGCCUUCCUCCUCCACCAGAUGUCUCCACUGAGGACGAGAGCAGUGAAAGUGAGUGCAGUGAGGAGCGGGGACCAACGCUGGCAGAUGAGUGCAUGGCAGAACUGCAGAUGUUCAGGUUUCUGAGGUUUAUGAACCCUGAUGCUGUUGGGGAGUGCCUAGCCAAGGCAGACCAGGGCUAUGUGUCUGACGGAGGGGACGUCCCCAGCCAGUUCCUAGCUGAAGUUGCCCAGGGGCAGUGGAAGGAGGUGGCAGAGCAGGAGAUCCGUAUGACGGAGCAGGAGAGAGCACCUCCCCCUCCUCCACCUCCACCUCCCUGUCCUGAUGUGAUGCCUCCUCAGGAUGGGGCGCCUCCUCCUCCUUCUCUCCUUCCUCAUCUUGAGAUGCCUCCUCAGCACAUCACUGCUGCUCCUCUCGCUCCUGCUCAGAUGCCUUCUCAGAUGGCACCGCCUCCUCCUUCUCUCCUCACUGUUAUUGAGACGACUGCUGCUCCUCUCCGUCUGGCUGAGAUACCUUCUCAGAUGACACCUUCUCAGAUGACAUAUCCUCCUUCUCUGCUUACUACUGAGAUGCCUUCUCAGAAGAUCACUGCUGCUCCUGUCCGUCUGGCUGAGAUACCUUCUCAGAUGGCACUUCCUCCUCCUCUGCUUACUACUGAGAUGCCUUCUCCAGAGCGAGUGUCUCCUUCCCCUCCUCUCCCACAGCUUGAGACGCCUCCUCAGGAGCGAGCGUCUCCUUCCCCUCUUCCACAGCUUGAGAUGCCUCCUCUUGAAAUACCGUUCCAUGAGCUGAACAGUCCAUUACCUUUGCCACCGGCGGCGGCACACACUGAUGUUGCUCCGUUAUCUGCGGAUGACUCUGGUGGCCCCCGUGUUCGCGACUGGAGCAUGGGUGAGCUGAAGCACAAGAAGCCCAGAACGGAGGAUGAGCGCAUGGCUUCUCGCUUGAUGGAGUAUCUCAACCCUGGCCCACUGAAUGUAAAGGAGGAGGCGGACGACGACGUGCUGGUCGUUCCUGUGGUCCCUAAAAGAGAUGGCGUCCUGCUUCAUUCUUCUGCUGCUGUUGAUGCCUGGCACAGCCUGGCUCAGUCUUCUCUCUCCAAGUACUUCAAAAGGUACCUGAAGGGGAGAAAGGAGCCUGUGAUUGACGUAGGGCUGCGGUACUGCUGGCCCCCGGUGCUGCGAGGCAGCAACACGCUGAUCGUGGCGCACGCCGCCCAGGACCCGCUCGUCUACCUGCCGCCGCUCAUCACCCUCAUGCAGAACACCUCCGACCUCAGCUCCCGCGCCAGACACUCCACGCUGUCGGGAGUGAUCCUGUGCCCAGGCUGGGAGAAGGCGAACUCGGUGCUGGAUCUCCUGGAGACCAGCCACACGGCCAACGACCUGAAGCCCACCAUGGUGCUGCUGGGGCAGAAGGAGGAGGAGAUCAGGGCCUUCAAGCUCCAGAACAACUGUCGGCUGCUGGUGACGACGCCCUUCACGCUGCUGCGCCUUCUAGAAGCCCACUGCUCUCUCUUCCUCCACCUCAGUCACCUGGUCCUGGAUGAGGUGGACAAGCUGUAUACCCGCGCACCUCAACAGAUGGAGGAGGUGCUGAGGCAUUUCCGUGACGUGGUGAGCAGUCCUCCCGGCUCCCAGACCCCCAAGCAGCUGGUUGCCGUGGGCAGCAGCUGGAGCGCGGGCAUGGAGGGGCUGCUGACCGGCUACAUGUGGGACCCCUCCGUCAUCAUCACCGUGCCCCAGGAGGCUGCCCUGUACGGGGGCGUGCACCAGAUGAUCCACCUGUGUCUGGACUGUGAGAAGGUGCCGGUGAUGUUGAGAGCUCUGGACUUCUCCCCCAGCGUCCCUCACAAGACCCUGAUCAUCACCAGCAGCAUACAGGAGCUGGACCAGGUCUACGAGGCGGUGGCCAACUCGUCAGCUCUGGCCCUGAAGGUCCACGAGGGUCUAACUCAGCACUUCGACCUGGUCAUGGAGCACUGGAAGAAGGCCAUUGGGGCCGGCACUCACGUCAUACUGGUGACGACUGAGAAGUGUCUGAAGGCGCUGGGUAUCGACGACGCCACCUCCGUGGUCCACUACGGCUUUCCCAUGACCCCCAAACUCUUCGGCAGCCGCCUCUUCUGCAUGUCCGCCAACUUCCGCGUCGUCUCCGAGUACCGUCUGGAGAAUGAGCGCGGCGGCGCGCGCGUGGCCAACUCCAUCCUGCUGCUGACGGACAAGAACUCUCGGCAGGUGUCGGGCGUGCUGCGUUACCUGCGGCGUACGGGCGCACUGCUGCCCCCGGAGCUGCUGAGCUUCGCCCAGGGAGUGCAGCAGUUCAAGGAGGAGCAGAAGGCUCAGAGGCCCCUCUGCCCUUACCUCAAGAGCCUCGGCUUCUGCAAGGAUACCAGAGAGUGUCCUGACAGGCAUAUUCUGGACAGAUCUCAGGAUGAGCCCAAGCUGGCCCUGCAGACUGGACUGGUUGAGGUGCUGCCGCUCUACAUCCACAGCGCCUCCGUGUUCUACGGGCGGCUGGUCUCCAAGGACGACACGGGCUUCGAUGAGCUGGCUGCCAAGAUGGCCGCCCACUUCGGAGCGGAGCACCGCUGGGCUACAGAGGUCACCGUGGGGGAGCUGUACGCCAUGCAGGACGAGGAGGAGUACCACAGGGUGCGCGUGGUGUCUGUGCCGGAGAAGGGCGACUGCCUGUUCAGCUGUGCCACGGUGCACUUCAUAGACGAGGGCAGUACGCGCACCGUCAAGUCCCACCAGCUGUUGCAGCUGCCCCCCGACUUCCACAGCCUGCCCCCCCAGGCCGUAGAGAUCGUCCUCUGCGGAGCCAAACCCAUCGAUAAUGAGGUCGACUGGGACCCAAAGGCGACCAGGGCCAUCAGCCAGACCAUCCGAGGGAAGCGGCACCAGGCCAAGGUGCUCAUGUGUCUGGGCAGCACCCUGUGGGUCAGCUCCAUGGUGUCCCGGAUCCGAGCUCCUCUACUGAAGACGUUCAUCAAUGAGUAUGACGUGUGUAACGAGGUGCUGAGCACCGGACUGGGCGUGCCCAACAGCGAGGCCGAGCACCUCACGAGGCUGCAGACCGCCCUGGAGGGACCCCUGGGGGUCAUCGACCACAGCACCGUCCUACGGUCAGAAAACGUGACUGUAGACGAAGAGCUGCCGAAGAAUUCGCCUGUGCCUCCCAGCACCCAUGAAGUCCUGGCCCAAGGAGUCAGUGGAGAGAUGCUCCCUUCUCCUGGUCUGCAGACGCCAGUUGAACUUCCCAUGAAUAACACACCACCGUCUCACAUCAGCACCCAUGAUGGCUACCAAGCAGUUAUGGCCCAAGGAGUGAAUGGAGAGAUCCUCCCUUCUCCUGGUCUGCAGACGCCAGUUGAACUUCCCACGAAUAACGCACCACCGUCUCACAACACCCAUGUUGGCUACCAAGCAGUGAAUGGAGAGAUGCUCCCUUCUCCUCCUGGACUGCUGCAGACGCCAGUUGAACUUCCCAUGAAUAACACACCACCGUCUCACAGCAGCCAUGAUGGCUACCAAGCAGUGAAUGGAGAGAUCCUUCAUUCUCCAGCCCUGCACAUACCAGCUGAAGCCCCCAGCCCCCAUGUUGGCUACCAAGCAGUGAAUGGAGACAUCCUUAAUCAUUCUCCAGGUCUGCACAUACCAGCUGAAGCCCACAGCAGUACUGAGCUACCCCCAGCUGAUGGUGAUGCCCUCAGCCUCAGGGCCAUGCAGGCUGCUUGCCUUGCUGGAGGCCUUGCAGCAGCACCAUCUAGUGGACAGAUUGAUAUGGCGCCCUUGAGGCAAGAGGAAAUCGAUGGAUAUUUACCCCAAAGCUGUCUGUCUUCGGUCGGUGCCCCAUGCGUGAUCGAUGGACCAGUCGCAAUUCCCACUGCAAUGGAACCCACUGCAAUAGUUGAACCAGUCGCAAUUCCCACUGCGAUAGCUGAACCAGUCGCCAGUCCCACUACAAUGGCUGAACCAGUCGCUAGUGCCACUGCCAUAGCUGAACCCGUCACAAGCCCCAAUGUCACGGCAAUGACUGCCCUUGGAUUCAGCAGUUCAAGUCGGCAGCCUCAGGUGAGGUGGUUCCAGAGGCAGGACGUCGUCAUCCUGCGAGUCAAACUCACAAGCCCUGUGAUGCAAACCUGCCACUUCUUCAGCGAUGGUGUGGUGUACAGUGGCUAUGUGAACGGGGUGCACUACUACUCUGCACUGGAGCUGACCAACGCCGUCCGUGCUGAGCGGUGCACCUGGACCAUGAAGUGCAACGAACCAGAAAUGACCCUGGUCAAGAGCCAACCAGGAGAGUGGAGAACACUCCUGAAGACCAAGAACGGCCUUGUCAGUUAUGACUAUGAUCACAUGGAGGAUGAAGACAUUAACUUGGUGAACGAACACCAUUUUGUGGGCAAUGUCGCAGAGGAUGGCCUAUGUUACGAGUACGCGAGCAGUGAUGGCAGCGAGAGCGACUGAACCCCUCUGUAUAUGUUUGUCCAUCAUAUAAAUCAGGGGUGGGGAACCUUUUUCAUUCGAGGGGCCACUUCAAAUUCAUCCGAGGGACAUGAAGGUCCUCCGAGGGCCGUACUAUGAACACAAACCAGGAUUUUCCCCUGC